UUCGACCUGAAGGCUGGAUACAUUUAGAGAUGCCACCAAAAAACAAAGGGAGACCUGGGUUUGAUCUUACAGGAUAUCCCACUGCUCCACAAUCCUCUGCAUCUCCUGAGGAGGAGGCAUUAGACCUGAUUCCAAAGAAGAUCUACUGCCAUAACUGUGGCUGGAGAGAUUCCCUUAGAAAUUCAUCCUUCUGUGCUCAGUGCCCUGUGGUCCAUAGGGAUCCUGUUCUGGACCUGUCCCUUGACAUGGAACCAAACCUGAGCCAGACGACUGCUGAGCCCACCUGGGAUAGUCCACCUCAGCUCCCCUCUCCUGACGCCAUAGAUCUGGGCUACUCCUCGUUCUCCUUUCCACCAUCCCUGGAGGCAAGCCAGAGUGUCUUCCAGACCCCUGAGCCUGAUGUGGUGUCCCCGGGUCCCUUGCUGUGCCGAUUCUGCCAAGAAACCUUUGCUCUGCCUAUUCUGCUGCACCAUCAUGUCAAGGAAAGGCAUCGUCAUCCAUGCAACAUGUGUUGCCGCAUAUUCAAGAAUGGCAUUCUCCUCAUCAGACACCAGGUCAACAUGCACAGCUUAGCUCUGCCUUGCCAUCCUCGACCUGCCCUCUCCAAACGUGGCCCAGGCCGGCCUAAUGUGUUGCUCACAUGCUGCUGAAACCCUACACCCGCCCUAAACCUACUCAUGUCUGCCAGGCCUGCUCUCGUGAGUUCUGGUCACCUGGCGUGCUCCACAAACACAAGUGCAACCCUCGGCUGGUCCAGUGUAUCACCUGUGGGGGCUAUUUCGGCAGCCAUCAUCUGUUCUGCAAGCACAAGAGCCAGAACCUCUGCAGCAAUGCCUGGAGGGCCAUAGAGAAGGCAAUGGCUCAGGCAGCAGCUCAGGCAGCACACUUGGCAAACUCAACAAACCCACAGAGGGAGAGUUCAGGUGCCACCUUCCAGACCUUGGAGAUAAACUCCACCACUCCUCAUCAUCACAGUGACUCUUCCAUUCAAAGGCCAGGCAUGUAGCCUAGCGACUAAGAUUGUUGUCCAGUAACUGAAAGGUCGC